AUGUCUUCAAGCCGGGAUGAAGCAGAUGUUCCAGAGUCCUCGAGAAGAAGGCGAGCUAACUCACCUCUUCCGUAUCGGUCAAACUAUCGACAUAGUCCGUAUCAGAUUCAAAUGCUUGAAGUGUUCUUCAAUCAAUAUCAACAUCCGAGCGAAUGGGAUCGAUACCGAAUCGGGAGGGAGCUUGGACUCACAUCGAACCAAGUAAAGUUUUGGUUUCAAAACAAGAGGACUGUUGUUAAGGGACAAAAUGAAAAGGAACAAGCGAUAACUCUCCGAGAGGAAAACAAAAUGCUACAAGAGGAGAACCUAUCGUUACAAAGGUCGCAUGUGUACUCGUGCAUUGAUUGUAAGGAUCUUACCCCUAUUGAAGUAGAGCAACUCGUCACUGUAAGGCAACUUCAAGCCCAAAAUUUGCAAUUGAGGCAAAAGUACUUUGAUGCCUGUAUUUCAAUUAAGGGCAUGGGAAUACCUGUCCCGAUAAACCAAGACUUACUACCACCAAUGAUGCAAUCCAAUGGAGCAUUUAUAGGACAGUCAUCAAUGGAACCGGUCAAUCAUAUCGUCUCUAAUGCUCCUAUCGUUGCUAAUACAAAUAUGAACCAGCAUUUAGAUUUCGAGACGUUGAACAUGACACAAACAAUUAGGCUGGCUAGGGAUGAGUUAAUGAGCCUAUUACAUGUAAACGAGCCAUUUUGGCUACAAGAUAUGCCGGAUGGAAGAUAUAUCAUUAAUAGGGAGGCAUAUGAAGCAACAUUCUUGAAGAGAAAUACUUACAAAAACCAUAAAAAUGGAUCACAUACUCGCAUUGAAUCAUCAAAGUAUGAAGCAUCCUUGAGCAUGAGUGCUUUGAGAGUGGCUCAGAUGCUAAUGAAUGCGAAAAUGAGGGCAGAAUAUCUUUUUCCUACCAUCAUAACUGAUGCAUUCACAAUCCAAGAAUUUGGAAAUCAAGUAUUGCCUCGCCAAGCCGGGCCUCUAAAAUUGGAAUAUGAGCAAAUCCAUUUGCUAACUCCAUACAUGGUUCCAAGAGACUUCUACUUUGUUCGAUUCUGUGAAAAGGUCACUGAAGGAACGUGGCUAAUAGUUGAAGUGUCUCAUGACUUCAACAAUACCAAUUUUCAACUGAAUUCCCCCUGUCGGGCAUGGAGGCGCCCUUCUGGCUGCAUAAUCAAGGAUGUUUCUCCUGGAGUCUCUCAGGUGACAUGGAUUGAACAUGUCGAAAUUGAAGACAAGGACACAAUUCAUCUUCUUUACAAAGAUGUUAUCUUUCGUGGAUUGGCCUUCAGUGCAGAUAGAUGGAUUCAAACCCUUUCAAGGUCUUGCCAUAGGAUUGCUUCUUACAAUAACAUCUUGAAUAGCCAAUCUAAUGACUCCCAACAAAACCUGGGAGGUGUGCUAGGCGCCAUGACCCAAGAAGAUAUACAAUGCAUAAUGAGCAUAAGCGACAAGAUGGUGAAAAGAUUAUGCGCAAACAUGAGCAUGAAAGACAAACUGGAAAUGCCCGAACUUAAAGACAAAGGAAUUUGUCUCUCUUUAUGCCCGGAUAAAGAUAACAUCAAUCCAUCCAAUAGCAUGAUCAUCAACGCUGCUACCUCGUUUUGGCUUGACGCUCCAUGUAAAAUGAUUCUCGCUUACUUACAGAAUGUUAACAUAAGACCUCAGUGGGAUGUUAUCUGCAAUGGACAACCGGUGCAAGAGACUGCUUGCAUUAAGUUUGGAAAUCAACUUGAUAGUUCUAUCUCUAUUAUUAAGCCUAAUAUUGAAUCUCAAAACAAUGUGCUUGUGAUACAAGAGACUCUUGUGGAUCCUCUUGGUGCUGUUGUAGCUUAUUCUCCUAUUGAUCGGGAUGAUUUUAAUGGAGAAUUAUAUGGGUCAUGGCCGAAGGCUGUUCUUCCAUCAGGGUUUAUCAUAUCUAAAGAUGGAAAUCCGGAAUGCAUGCACUUGGAUUUUGGAGGAGCUUCGACUUCGAGAAAUGUUGCUUCGGAUUUGGAUUUGCCCAACGGUUCACUCGUUACCGUGGCUUUCCAAGUUAUGUGUUAUUCGAAGAACAUCGAACCGGAAUUCUUGAAAAUUGUCACUUCUCUCGUUUCCUCAGCGGUUGACAGCAUCAAGUUGGCCUUCAAUUGCCCUGACCCUGACCCUUCCGAGUGA